AUGUGUUCUCAUGUGAUCAAGAAUUCUGUCGAACAUUCUGGACUUUUGUUGAAUGGGCUGUGCCCGUUUUUUGUUUAUUACCGCGGCCCAUUAUUUUCGACAUGUGCAAAUAGUCUGAUAGACAAGCUUGGUCAGAACAAUUCGUGUGUGGACGCAGUUUUUGGAAUUGGCUUUGAGAAUUCCACAGAAAUAUGCAAUCAGUGGGACGAUCUUCGGAAUUGCCUUCGAGGCACAAUCGAUUCAACCUGUCUUGAAAUUCGGAACAUCACAGGUGCGAUGAAAUACUUUGCUAUUCUGAAAACCGAAUUAUGCGACUCAAAUUCUGGAAACGCGACGGUUCUAGAAGACGUCGAUACUUUUGAAGAGAUUCUGGAGGAUCAAGAAGUUGAAGUAAUAGUUUAG